AUGGGCUGCUUUAGUCGCUUUUCGGGAUGGAAGCUUACAGCUGUGUACCUUACCAUUCUCGUCAGUACGCUUACAACGCUCCUCUUCGUCACGCUUUUCGUGUCGCUGUUUGCGCUGAAGAAGGGCGAUGAAGUGGAUACCAAUGGGAGGGAUGGCGGUGAUGCGCUUGGACAGAGUAUUUUAUACAAGGGGAAUUGCGAUACAACUGCGAAAGCCAACUUGUGGAUUCAUCUGCUCAUCAAUAUCGUCAGUACUGGCAUUUUGGCGUCGUCCAACUUCUUCAUGCAAGGUCUUGUAGCGCCAACGAGAGCUGAAGUCGACGCUGCCCAUCGGUCAGGCCAUUGGCUAGAGAUUGGAGUUCAAUCACUCAAGAACUUUCGCUUUCUCGGCUGGCGAAAAAUACUCUUCUGGUCGCUGUUCUCUCUGAGCUCUGUUCCGCUCCAUCUCGUCUUCAACGGUUGUGUACUCGAGAGUAAAGGCACCAAUGGCUUCACAGUCAUGAUAGGCUCUGAGGAGCUCACCCAAGGAGGCUGGAAAGGACUUCCCUCAAUCACAGCGGCCUACUACGACAGGCUGAACUACAGCGAUCAAUCACAAGGCGACGGAAACCCCGAGACAUUGGAGAAGCUAAAACCCAUCAAUGAUUCUUUCGUGGUUAACUCGACGAGUGGGAAUUGGUAUGAAAUACCACUGCGCACAUGCAUGGAUCGAUAUAACAACCCGGAGCAAGCUUUAACGCACUGGCGACAUUUGAUGAUGAUAAUUUACGACUAUGACGAUAUUUACCGAAAUGAAACAGUUGGCUGGAAAAGAGCUGAUGUAUUGAUGAACACGACCAACACCACGGACCUCAACGUGAUCAAUCCUCUCUGGACGGUGGAUACAUUCACACGCACCGGAAGAACAAGCUCAGUGAGCGGCAGUACAAAUCAGUACUUGUCGAACCCUCAAGCAAAUUAUCUGGUAUCUACCUCCCCAGAUCGACUUGGCAACACUAUGCCGGACGACGGGCCUUCUAUCAUAAACAUUUACGGCAUGUGGGUUAUGCAAGGGACUCGCAAUAUCUUUGACGCCCAAUCUGGUGCUAUUAUCACGGAUCCAACGGUUUUCAAGAACAAGUAUCGCGUUAUGCAGGUUGAUCGAUGUUACUCAGAGAAGUACGAGGCGCCGUACUUUUCUAUGCGUUCUGGUUUUGAAGCUGCGGGAGAUGCUAUUGCGUCGUUUAUCUCGAGACCGGAUGAGGAGACGAGGGGUAUGUGUACGUUGACCAUGGAGGAUUUGAGAAAGACGUCAAAACCUACACCGACAAGACUGGGGGAGACGAAUCAGAAUUACAAAUGGCUGCAAGGUCCGAGACAGUGGCAUAACGACUCACCACGGAAGUUUGGAAAGGCUGUUCCGCGAAAUAUCUGGAUCUUGUCGUCGCUUCUCAUCGGGUGUUCUUUGAUCGUGGCUUCAGUUAUGCUAAGUAUCGCUGUCCAGGGUCAAUCACUGAACAAUUCUCGAUUCAUGCACGCACCGCAGAAUGAAGACGUGAGGGACAACCAUCUUGAUAACCUACCUCUGAUAUCGCUCACCAUGGUUGCCAACACACCGCAGCUUAUCCUCUCCAUCUGCUACCUCGCAUACAACGGCCUCUUUACACGCAUGUUGGCUGAGUUUGAGUGGUCCAAGUACAGUGUCGAGUUUCGAUCCUUGCGUGUCACUGAACCACGCGGCUCGCAGAACGCGACGUAUCGUCUUCAACUUCCUUAUCGGUUCUCGAUCCCUUUGAUCAUCAUUAGUAUUGCGCUCCAUUGGAUCUACUCCAACUGUAUUUACGUGAGCAAUUACGAAGCAUACGCCUCAGGUUAUCCGUAUAACAGAACCGUCACAGUCGGUCUCCAGUUCUCAUCAAAGGCGAUUUUGGUCGGCCUCUUAGUAUCGAUCGGUGUCGCCAUCACACCAAUUUUCCUCGCCUUCGUAAAACUCCCAGGCGUGAUGGUUAUCGCAGGAGCAAACUCGGCAGUUAUAUCAGCAGCCUGUCACUACCCCUCUACAAAACUCAAAUCUCUUAGCCGCGCUACGUCGAAGAUGAGUAUGAGGAGUAACGAGUACGACAGUAUGAGUGCUCGACUGAUAGGCGAUGAAGAAGUAGAAGAACUAAGGGAUGUAUCGAGGCGAAAGAUGAAAUGGGGAAGGAUGUCGAUGGGCAAGAGUGAUGAGAGCUCAGUCGGACAUCUCGGCUUCGGUACGGAGGAGCUUGAUAUCGAGAAGCCAGUAGAAGGAGAGUAUUACAGUGGCGUGAAAGAUGUCUAUGACGAAGGAUUGAGGAGAAUGCGGUUGUUGUAAUGAUAACAGAAGUUCUGGACGGAAUCCUUCUGAUAGAUUGUACUACUACGUUACGCGCUGGAUAAAAUCGGUGGCGAAUGGCCUAUUAGAUAGAUUCUUGUACAUAAAAUAUUCAUUUCCACGUUGAUCACUGGCUGCUUUAGCCAACUCGCCUCCAUCUCCCCAGAAUUUGUGGCUGCAUUCCUCACGACAGAUUUGGAAGUAUUGAAGGUUAUAACACGAUGAAAUGAAAUGACCUUCCCCACGAACGUUAACCUAAGGCUAUUCUUAUCGUAACAUGGGGUUGUGAUGGAUAAGGGGACCGGCAAACCGGCAUCGGCGUUUAAUAUGUCGCCCGCAUGGAAAACAGAAGUUCCUCAGCUUCGAUGGCGCACUAGAACACGUUGGUCUUG